GUUAUGAUGCUGCAAAGUUUGCCAAGCCUGAAAAUGGGACAAAUAUUUCAUCCGCAUUGCACGCACCGCUAAACUUUUCUCGAGUGUGUUGUGUUCCCAAGAAGUUGAUCGAUAAGCUCGGGUUUAUUUUCGAACUUGGCUCUGAGAUGCAAAAUAUUCACCUCCAGCCCUUUCCUUAAAAUACAUACACGUGGGGUAUGUUUUUGUACACUCAGAUCCUAGACACCUUAAAAUGAGGCCUACAUAAUUUUAUCGCAGUGUAUAAAAGUGAAAGUUGUCACGGGCAAUUUUUGUGUUUGGCGGAGCAGCUGAUCAACGCGGACUCUGGACCUUUGCGAUUUUUAUUGCGUUGCAAAAAGUCGCGAUUAAGAUUAAAAAAUGAUUUGUUUGUGCUGACUUUAUUUUACAAAUAGGGUUGUCUAUCAGUUGCUGCCUUGCAUGGGAUCGUCUUCUUCAAGAGCCACCCCUAGAAUGGAUGAGGCCAAUCAAAACAAUGAGAGAAACAAUGACGCAGUACCUGAGCAAGACAACGAACAGGACUCAGAUUUGGCCACUAUUCUGCAGUUCCUAAUCAGAAGUGGCCAAAUCCACAUCAUCACUGCGGAGCACGAAGAGACUGGUGGCGACGACGAACGAGCUCUGCCCCCGCCAAAAAUCAACCAUCAGCCCAACACCACCAUUCUUGAUAAGUGCGAAUUCAGCAUGAGGACCAAAAUUGAGAGUGGUGUUUUCAAAGAUGUCCCUGGCCCCAGCAAACCCAACUCCAUCCCUCAUUUGCUACAAUGUCGAGAGUAUGGAAUGUUUGGGCAAAAUAAGUUCUCCAACGGAGAUCGGUGUAAAAUUUUCAACAACUUUCUGCCCAACACCCUGGACCUUGUACAAAACUACCACAACAAAGCCUUCUGCGGCACCUACUCCAGACAAGGAGACUUCUUUCUUAGUGCUUGCCAAGAUCGCAAUUUGAGACUCUACGACACAAGCAAUGGCCAGUUCAAACUUCUAAAAACAAUCCAGGCAAGGGAUGUUGGCUGGAGCAUUUUGGACACGGCAUUUAGUCCAGACGGAACUCACGUCGUCUACUCCAGUUGGUCCGAAUGCAUCCACAUUGUCAACCUUUUUGGAGACACGGACAACCAAGAGGCUUUACCUUUGAGUCCCGAUGACCGCCGCUUUUGCAUUUUCUCGCUGGCAUUUUCCAAUGAUGGCAACAAAAUUCUUGGUGGGGGCAACGAUGGCUACAUUUACCUGUAUGACAGAGAUUGCCAGCAGCGGUGCCUCCGGAUUGAAGGUCAUGAUGAUGAUGUAAACUCGGUAGCUUUUGCUGACAGUACCUCACAAAUUCUGCACAGUGGUGGUGACGAUGGACUUUGCAAGGUUUGGGACACACGAACGCUGAAUGAAAGCAAUCCAAAGCCAGUGGGGAUCUUGGCAGGACACAUGGACGGAAUCACAUUCAUCGAUCCGAAGGGCGACAGUCGCCACUUGAUCACCAAUUGCAAGGACCAGUCCAUCAAGCUGUGGGACAUCAGGGUGUUCUCUCCAGAGCGAGGUCAGGACAACACAAAACAGGCAGUUAUGGACCAAAACUGGGACUACCGGUGGCAACGAGUGCCAAAGAAACUUGUUAACCCGAGAACCAAGCUGGAGGGAGAUACGUCGAUCAUGACCUACAGAGGCCACAGUGUUUUGCAGACACUGGUGCGGUGUCGCUUUUCACCAGCGGCCACCACCGGCCAAAGGUACAUUUACACAGGCUGUGCUGCAGGAAGGGUCAUCGUGUACGAUUCCCUCACUGGUAAAAUUGAAAGGACUCUCUCGGGUCACAGAGGCUGUGUAAGAGAUGUUUCGUGGCAUCCUUUCAACUCUGAGAUUAUUAGUACUUCGUGGGAUGGCUACUUAGGAAGAUGGACCUACGAGGUGAGUGAGCAGUCCUUAGAUGAACUGGCGGAAGUUGAGCCAGCCGCGUCUCCAUCCCUUAGCCUGCCGAGGCGGAGUCAAAGACUGGUGCAGAAAAUGUUGAACCAGCUGCCGAGCAGCAUGAAUGUGGACUAAGUUUGACCGACGUCUUAAAAUGUCACAGCAUCAAGAAGUUCUCUUGAGAUGCACAAUAGGGUAAACAGCAUCACUCUUCCUUUCCCGAAACGAAUGAGUGCGCAAGAUUGACACCACCAUUUAUUUGAACGAGACGAAUGCAAAUAACCCAGCAAAGUAUGUAAUUUUAAUGCACAUUGGAUUGUAAAUCAGGAAAUAUAAGUGAACGAGUGUAAUUUUUUAUAUUAUGCGAAAGACUGGUGGUUGCUGAUAUGCAGAAUAGUGCUCCCGUCAAAUUUUUAUUUUAUUUUGAAAAAUUGAGUGCACUGUCAUAAAUUUCAGUCACAAAUGUUAGGACGAAUUGAUGAUUUGUAAGUUCCUAAGAUUGGUUUUAAUGUGCCAGUGCACAUUAAUAUUUUAUUUUUUGCGUGAUUGAGCCCACAAGGUGUUGGAAAAGUAUUUGAUUGCUACGAAUUUUGAAAUAAUAUCGUUUGGGCCUUAAAAAUUAAUGAAAUUUACAGCAAGCUCUCAACAGAAAUCAAAAUCCUCAUCACUGCACUCUUAUUUGGCACGUGCAGUGUGAGAGCAUUUUAGUCAAUUUUCUAGAACCAUGAUGAUGAUAGCUGACAAAUAAUUAAAAAAAGAUGCAAUUAUAUUAAUUAAAAUAUAUUUCAGUUUAACUUGACGAAAAAGUGUGUUUCAAUGUAUUAUUUUUUGUACGUGCAAAAAAUGACGAAGCUAAUAAAAAUUAAAUUAUUAUUAUCCAAA